AUGGAGGAUUGGCGCUUGAAUCUAACAAGACUGCUAUCCGAGGACCUACUUUCUUAUUUCAGGCUGAGCCCCCCUUCUCCUGAAACACCGCACUCCUUAGCUGAAGUUUUGAAUCGUGCAUUAGAGAUCCUGCCUUUGCCCAUCAGUGAUCUGGAAAUACUACGGCGAGGUCGGACAAUCUUGGAGAGGCGAUUACUUCCCCAUCCCGGAUCCACCUCCGUCAGAGCGGCUACUCAGCCUACUUCCCGUCCUGCCUUCCCGACUUCUGUUCCCCGAUCUAUCUCUGCUACUAUUCCCCGACCGGCCGCUCCUUCUCAAUCGACUGCCACUCCGAGCCGGGGUCGUGGUUAUGAUCAAGUUAGUAGCUCGGCCAGACCCGUCUUUCGAGGAACCCCACGGGGAUCUAGACGCGCCCGCUCAGCCCUCAACCGUGCAGGUCGAGGUUAUUCUGGCCGGGGCACUAUGGGCAGCAGUGCUCCAGCUUCUUCCCGGAGUCACCCUCGCUCUGAUAGUUCUGACUCUGACAGCCAGCCCUUGCUCCACAGACUAUGUCACGGACCUGGUCCGACUACCCAGGCUUUCAAUCCUGUUCCUCCUACUACCGAAGUUCCCCCCUCUGCAACUGUGGCCGGCCCUGGCACCACUUCCACCUCCACUCCUCCUGUUCCUCCAGCGGUCUCCUCCGACCCCUAUAGGGGAAUACCAGCAGCGUCCCACUCUGUCCCUACCCCUGAUGUAGAAACUAGUUCUCCAAGGGACCCUCCUUCUGAUACGACGCCAACUGAACAUGUUCUUGUGCCGCCUCCUGCUCCUCUUGGCCCGGUCGCCGGUCCUUCUUGA